AUGAAAGUCGUAUGGAAUGGUUUCCUAAGGAAGAAGAUACGAGGAGGUUGCAAACGGAAGGAUGCUCUAGAUUCGAAGAAAAGAAAGAACAAUAACACUGCUGCCACAGCUGACCCAGUUGACUGGAGCUUUGAGAUAUCCAACAGACAACUUCUCAAUAUCACUAAAGCUCACCCUAAACAGCAUCUUAAAUACCUGGCCCACAGCGCAUGUUCAAGUUCACCAUGUGUAAAGAAUGCAACGUGCGAGGGAGACUUUGAAGACGAUCCCUUCCCGUAUAGAUGUGUAUGUCCCGCGGGAUUCACUGGUCAAGCUUGCCAAAUUGACAUUGAUGAGUGCACGUCAAAUGGAGCCUGUCACGUAAAUGCACAGUGUACAAACACCCCAGGCGGGUUUAAUUGUACAUGCAAACGAGGCUUCUUUGGUGACGGGAAGAUAUGUCAUGUGGCUCGAUCAUGCAAGGGCAUUAAAGAUCUUGGCUAUUCACGAGGAGAUGGAGAAUACUGGGUUGAUCCUGAAAACACUGGGCAACCCUUCAUUGUCUACUGUGAUAUGACUACUGAUUCAGGUGGAUGGACAUUAAUAAAACAGGCUAAGAUAAAUUCGACGAGCCCCCGUCAACAUGGUGUAAUCACGAGUACAAACUAUCGCGAUAUCUCUAAUUGGAGAGAUAUCAGAUAUGUUAUGAAAUCCCCGCAACUCCAAGAAUUAAGGCUAGCGAUGGGUUUCCAUCAGUUACGCUUUCGUUGUUUCAAGAACCGUCCUGGACGAACCAUUCAUAUCAUGACUACUAAUGAUACCGCUGGCCGCAAAGUACUCGACCACUUCCUCCUCGAUGCAACAUGGCCUACUGCUUGUACCACCUUUCAAAAACUUCCCGACGAUACUUCGAUCCUGUCUGAUCAUUGCAACCGAUGGGGAGACAUUGGCAACCUUAACCAUUGGGGAAAGAGAUUCAAUUACGGAGACCGUAGAAUUUACAACCGGCCAUUUUAUUGGGCGAAUAAACACAGUAUCGCGUUCUAUCCUGAAAAUACGUACUUAUGCGAUGACGAUAACAACAACAAAGAAACCGGCGCCUUAACGAUUGGUGAUAUCUGGGAACUUUAUUGCCGCUAAAGAGUUUACUGCAAUAAAUCGAGAUUUUCCACGGAAAAGAAACAAAAUGCAGUAUUUAUAUACAAUUGUAAAAGCCACGGAGGACUUUUUAGACUUUUGUUUUAGACUGAUAGACUUCGUGGCUAGAGUUGCACGACAUGAAAUAUCACAAUCCAUCCCAAAAUCAGGCUUUAAAGUAAACUAAAUCAUCCCAAAUGAAGUUUCUCCUAGGGAGUAUCGAUCGAAAGACGACAUAAGAUCACGAUUGCUGUACAGCAUUCAAGCAUGGGAGUUAUCAGAAGAAGAAAMAAAAAAAAUGGAAGUUGUAUGGAAUGGGRUCCUUAGGAAGAAGAUACGAGGAGGUUACAAACGAAAGAAUGCUCUAGAUUCGAAGAAGAGAAAGAACAAUAGCACUGCUGCCACAGCUGACCCAGUUGACUGGAGCUUUAAGAUAUCCAACAGACACUGAACUUCUCAAUAUUACUAAAACUCACCCUAAACAGCAUCUUAAAUACCUGGCCCGCGUAUGCAGAAUGAACAAUGAUUCAUACCAAAAAGAAAUGGUGUUUGCUAAUUCACGGGUUAGACUGUGGAGUAAGGUCCACCGUGCUCUUGACAUCGACAAACAGCUGGCAUGAAGAAGAAUAAUUAUGAAAAAAAGCGAUCUCUUGCAAUUCCUUGAAAAACGUUUAAAGGAAGAGGCCCAUCGGCUGUGGUACGGCCAUUGGGGAAAACAUGAUGAUGAUGAUGGAGGAAAGAUGGAUAACAGGUCACAGCGCUUAUGUAGGAGUUAAUCACCGAGAAUGGUGGUGACACGUCAUAUACAGCACUAGUAUAUAUCUUGAGAAAAUAGUACUAUAUAUUGGCUGACUUUAUACACGGCGAAUCCUCUUGAGUCUUAAGCAAAAGUCGCAAAUGGGCCAUUGCAACUAAUUGGAGAAAUCGCUGACAGGCCCAAAUAGUCCACACAAAUGAUCAACACAUGAAUACUCAAAUACCUCAGCUACAACCAAAAACCUAUAAUAAAGGGACUUGAAACAUCUAACGCCGUYCCAACCGUUGGAAUACUCAAAUCUAAUUUGCAUCUCAUUUCCUUAAUUGGAGGAAUUAAAUUUACCCUAGCCAACCAGAACGGGRKAUAAAUUUCUUAUCCAACGGUCGAAUUUUCCAAUUUCCAAUUUUCCUUGUAGUCCCUUGUAGGUUUCUGCUACAGCCCUAUUCUUAUUUUUAAACUGUAUCAGGUGCUUGUCCUUGAGUAACUGUGUAAUUCAUAUACUUUAAUGUUGCAUGGGUAAAUUAUUAUCUCAUUUAAUCGGUUUAAAUUGUUAAUCGUCGGUCUGUAUAGGUYGGCAUACAAUUGCGUAGUUUGUUUACAUCCAAAAUAUGAAAUUCAAAAAA